AUGGAUUACUAUACGAGUGUUAUGCUCAGUGACCAAAUAUUAGGUAGUCUACGGUAUUUAUCAUUAGGCAAGAAGAACUGUGAACUUCUGCUUUUGUUUUCUCGGUGUUAUGUUGCUAGACUAGAGUAUUUUGUAAUUAACACCUGGGAUCUAGAGCUGGCUGUUAAUGUUCUAAAGGAAAUCAACCGAAAUGAACUUAAACAUUUAGUAUUGAUUUGUUAUGAAAUGAUAAGUAUUCACGAAAUUUGUGAUGUUUCCGAUUUAUUUAACCUAGAAUUUGCCGCUCUUGAAGUUUUAGAAAUUGGUGCUGGCUAUCGUGAUUUAGGGCUGAAUAGCAGGUUUACCAGUGGAAUACAAAUGAAAAAAUUAGAAACGCUGAGAAUAAAUUGCUGGUGUGUAGAUAAAGAACUCAUGCAAAUGAUAACUAAGUUCGAAAUGUUGAAACAUCUUGAAAUUUUCAUGUGUGAUUAUGCGGAUAUCAGUUAUGAACUUGUAUGGAAACAACUACCCAAUUUAAAAGGACCAAUAGAAAAACUCUUUGUU